UGCUGCGGGGCCUCGCACACUGCUCCAGCGGCUCAAGCAGAGCGCACACUGUUCUCUCGACCCUGCAGCAUGAGUGGCCCCGCAGCCUCCGAGGAGCGGCAGCCCGAGCUCCCCAGGUUCCUCAGCAAGGUGGAGGCUGUUGCCAUGGAGAAGGAGCUCAUUGAAGACUAUCGGUUUGGGCGGCAGCAGCUGGCAGAGAUGUGUGGGUAUGCUUGUGCUGUGGCUGUGACCAAGGUGUUUCCUGUGGGCCUUUCCCGGAAGCAACGUACCGUACUGGUAGUGUGUGGACCUGAGCAGAAUGGGGCCAUCGGACUGGUGUGUGCUCGACAUCUUCGAGUAUUCGAGUACGAGCCAACCAUCUUCUACCCCAAACGCUCUUCAGACUCGCUGUCCAAGGACUUCACCACACAGUGUGAGAAGAUGGACAUCCCCUUUCUUUCCUACCUCCCUACCGAGGUCCAGCUGAUCAAUGAUGCCUACAGCCUGGUGAUUGAUGCCAUCCUGGGGCCUGGUGCAGAGCCUGGGGAGGCCAAGGAGCCAUGCACCAGCAUCCUCACCACCCUGAAGCUGGUCAAGAUCCCCAUUGUCAGCCUGGACAUCCCCUCAGGAUGGGACGUGGAGAUGGGCAGUGAAGAUGGCAUCAGCCCCGAGGUGCUGGUGUCCCUGGCUGCCCCCAAGAAAUGUGCUGGUCGGUUUUCAGGGAAGUACCACUUUGUGGCGGGACGCUUUGUCCCUGAUGACGUGCAGAAGAAAUUUCACCUGAAUCUGCCUGGCUACCCGGGCACAGAGUGUGUGGUGGCUCUUUAAUGAGCCUGGGGAGCAAAGGGAAUCCUUGGGCCUCUCCCACUCCCUAAAAAAAUAAACAUUAAUCAUUUC